UCAAAGCGGUCUACGCCAUGGAAUGCCACCAAUCUUUUAUUCAUGUUGAUUCCACAGAAAAAUGGAGUGUGGCCAAGAAGUAGAGGAUGGUCAACCUCAAGAAAUUUCAGAGAGCGCACCUCAAAAGGAACAGGAAACUCUUGAGAAAAUGCUUUCUAGGCACAAGAAUGAGAUUAAUCAAUUACAGCACAAGGAAAUUAGUUUAAAAAAGGUAGCUGCAAAAGGUAGCAAGGCUGAACAGAAAGCCAAGAAGAAGCAGGUGGAGGAUGAGAUUUCUCAACUUUCAGUGAAACUCAAAGAAAAACAUUCAGGGGAACUUGCUUCAUUAGGCUACAGUAACAGCAAUGGCAAGGAGAAGGCUACUCUUGACACUUUAGUUCAGGCCAUAGCUGGUGUUUCUGUUACCACACAGGGUGACACCUCAAAGCCAAGCAAAAGUCUGAAGAGGAGAGAGAAAAGAGCACAGCAAGAAGCAGCAAGAGAGCAAAGAAUACAGGAAGAGCAGAGUAGCAUUGUUAGUGAUCGCAUGAUUGAAAAUGAGAAGCUGGAGAUAAAACUUGAGCCCCUAGGAUUGAAGGUUAAUGAAAUAAAACCAGAUGGACAUUGUUUAUAUCGUGCUGUCGAGGAUCAACUGGCGUUCUUCUCAGGAGGUUCUUCUCCUUACAGUAGUUAUCAGGAGCUUCGAGAAAUGGUGGCCUCUUAUAUGAGGAUGCAUGCAUCUGAUUUCCUACCUUUUUUUCUAUCAGAUAACAAGUUAGAAGUGGAUUCUGAUGGUUCUGUUUUAGAGCAAUUUGAGAAGUAUUGUCAAGAAGUGGAGUCAACAGCAGCAUGGGGUGGACAACUAGAACUUGGUGCUUUGACACAUUGCCUGAGAAAACAUAUCCUGAUAUUUUCAGGUUCUUUUCCGGAUGUAGAGAUGGGAAAGGAGUACAAGUCUGAUGGUAGUGGUGACUUGUCUAAUCCCAGUAUCAUGCUAUCAUAUCACAAGCAUGCAUUUGGGCUUGGUGAGCACUACAACUCUGUUAUUCCUAAUGUUACUAGGUACUAGGUCUUGUAUGUUGUAACAUGAUUUGCA